GGGCUGGACAGCGCGAGAAAGACAGUCGAGCCGUGUACACCUCUUCCGCGCUGGGCCCGGAAGGGUGAUGUGGCUGGGCCAACGCCGGGCUCACUAUGUCUGCCAUUUUCAAUUUUCAGAGUCUGUUGACUGUAAUCUUGCUGCUUAUAUGUACCUGUGCUUAUAUCCGAUCCCUGGCACCCAGCCUUCUGGACAAAAAUAAAACUGGACUAUUGGGAAUAUUUUGGAAGUGUGCCAGAAUUGGUGAGCGAAAGAGUCCGUAUGUUGCAGUGUGCUGUAUCGUGAUGGCCUUCAGCAUCCUCUUCAUGCAGUAGCUCAGGAAAUGACAGAAUUCGACUGCCAGCUGAUUUCAGCAUGAACAGGACCACUUGCAGGAAAUAAUGGACAGCAUGGUUAACCCUUUUAUCUCUGAACACAGAGUGAGAUAAAUUUCUAGUCGCUGUUCUCUAUUUUUAUGUUAGUGGACCAAUGUUCUUUCUAUAUAAAUAAUUAAGAUGUAAGCAUUUAAUAUGAAAGGAGUUCAGUAGUCUUAACAGUUAACCUCAGUGCUGUCACUACAAUAUGACCUUCUGCAAAUGUUAUUGUCAUGUCAGAUCCUGGUUUUUAGUAAGGUAUCUAAGUCACACAGUGAAAAAAUCAGUAAAUUCUUCAAGUCCCUUUCAUUGUGAUUUGGAAUCUUUAUAGACUGAACUUUUUUGGAUUAGCUUUUCUAUUAAGAAAAAAAUGGCUUCGUUUUGCAUUGAUAAAGAUUGUAUUCAUACUUAGCAGUGCUUUCCUUCUGGCCACACCGCUUUGAUCAUUAACCAGAGUAGCUGUACUCUUCGCAGAUUCUGUAGUUUAUUACAGGCGACGGAAAUAUCUGUAACAAGCUUGUGGAGGAAGACAGGGAGCUCUGACUGGAAUUCGAGUGAGAGGCGUUCGAUUCCCAGAGGAGCGUUGAGACAGCCGGCUGGCGUCACAGCCCCGAGGUCUCCGGCCAAGUCGGACACAGGUUAUGAGUGCGAAGCUGAGUGGUCAGUUGUCACUCUCCGAGGACAGCAUUCUCGGAAUGGAGGAGAAGCGAACAACUGUAACACCAAUCUUAGGCUUGGUUUUCAUUCUUCAUAAUGUCAAGUCCUCAAAUUACAACACUUACUAAAUAUCUGUUUUAUUUUUUACUGGAGCACUUUAACACUAGUUCAUGUGGUCGCCGUGACCUGGACCCGCACGUGACUUUGGGUGCCGAGCCUGUCUCGGUCCGUGUGCUGUGGCACGCACAUCUCAGGCCCUGCAGCUUCUCGUGUAGACAGGGAAUCCGGAGAACCUGACCUCGGACCUUUGCAUAGAGUUGUUAGAAGUUUAUAAUUAACAUUUCUUCAGAUUGAACUGAAAUUGAGUUACUGUUUCAAAGCUGAGAGGAAAUUAAAUCUUAGCUAAAAAUUAAAACAUUACACGUAGUAUUUACCACAUAUUAUUGUUCUCAGUUAUUAAAGUUCUUAUAAAGGUAAAAAGAAGAAAUGUUCUCUUUAAAGAAAAUUCUUUAAAAAUUAUUUUUAAUCUAUCAGCAGUUUUUGUAGAAAGUACAGAAUUGGAAGCCACCAAUUUUUCCAACUUCUUCAACAACUUAGGGUAGAUUCUAGAAAACAUCUAGUUAAGCAUUUUUUUCCCCAAAAAAAGCUGUUGUUGUCUAUCAGUGUGUUCAUCGUACAUUUUUGUCAUGUGUAUGGCAACUAAAAAGUGGUGUACUUUACUUUGGACAGGGAAACAGCAUGACAGUCAUUCCUGCACUGCGCUGCUCAGAAGUUAUACAUCAGGAUGAGGGUUUUCAGAGUAUCCCAAAAAUAGGACUCCUGUCAGCUUUCCAUGCAGGUGGUCACCGGUCUGAGCAGCCAUCUGUCCUCCAGCCCUGCUUCUUACUAGACGUCCCCGAAGCUUUGGCAGCUCUUCUCCUAUAUGCUAAUUCAAACCUGCCGGGAGGGGAAUCUAAAGAACCCAUGCUAGGACAUCCCUUUAAUUUGGCAUCUCAGAGAAGGUAGAUAGGAAGGAAAGGAAGAAAUCAUUUCUCUCAAAAAUGUAUGGUAACACAUGUAUACAGUGGAUCCUCGGGUUACAACUGGCCUGACAUACAAACAACUUGGGUUAAUUAGGCUAAUGGAAGAUUCAUCCGCCUCUUGUUAUCUGUAGCGUGUACUCAGGUAAACAGACUGAAGACGAGCAGUUGCCACUUUCUUCAGUUUUUUGUGUUUGUUUUUUUCCUGGAGAGUUAUGCCUAAAUUCUGUGCUUUAACCCAAAUAGCAGUGUAGGUGGUUUAAAGCCCACAGAAUAUUCAGAUACUCCUCUCAUGAUGGGAGCGGGAGUGGGAUCAAUUUAAGCGUCUGAGCUUUGCCUGCCUGCCUCUGAGUUCGUGUAGAUUCGCCCCAGGACUUGAGGGAGGAUGAACACCAGCUUCCAGUGAGGAAGCCUCCUCUCUGCGGUUUGUUUGUGCUGCUGUUUAGCUCUGGUGGGCUUCAUCUGUGCCAGCAAUGGGGCCCUGUCUUCUUUCCAUUCCUAACAUGGUCAGUCAGAGGCCACAGUGGCUGCCAGCGUCCUGUUAAUGCCACACACUGUCCGGCGCUCUUGAUCAAAUCGGAAUAGUAGUAGUAAUUCGUAAUAAACAUCGGCAUCUUAAGGUGAUUAGUUAUACCUGAGGAAAAAUACAGGAUUGAAUUCUCCAAGUAUACAAAGUCAAAAAUGAACUCUCCUUUUGUAAAAAAGCGUAACCUUGUAAAUAAGAUAUUUAUAUUUCUUUCAAGAGGCAUUUACAGAAUGCAUGUGGUAUAUUCCUGAACAUACAUACACAAACACACAGUUUCUUCCUUGUAGGCAUAAUGGUUGAUGGAGACAAAGUUAUGUGUACACACUACAGUGUUGUGUCAGUGAUUACUGAGAUAACCCCAGAAUCCUACCAGAGAAUAAAGAAGGGAAACAGUUCCACCUGGGUGGGAACUCACUGCUGAGAGAGCAGUGGGUAUGCUGAACUUGAGCACUGUGCAAAAACAGUGCUAAGCAUUACCACCACCAAGCUUGUGCCCCUGGCAGCAGGUUAAGGCAGAAGCCAAAAGGGUGGACCAAGGAUAGAUCCCAGAGGGUCUUACGUCUUAUUCCUGCUACUGCCUACCUCAGAAUAGAAGUAGAGUGUGUUUUUCAUCCUGACUAACAUGAAAUUCCUCCCGGCAGAAAACAGUCCCUGGCUGUCGAGUGCAGACAAGGCUGAGCCUCUCCCUGCCCGCCCCACUUUGGAGUCGGCACACAGUGCCAUGUGGCCCAAGCCUGGCCUGGGUGGCACAUGAGCUGGGGCAGCGCCCAGCCUGUCUCUUGAUUAGCUCCUGCUCUACACCCAGAGCAGCCUGGGGGUCGGCACACACUGCACGAGAGGCACGGGGAUCCCCUCUGCGUUUCCUGUGUGCACAGGAAAUGUCUUCAAUUAGCAAAGACUUAUGCUUUUUUCGCAGCCUUUGAGAAGCUACUGGAUCCCAGCAAGCUGACAGCAAGAGUGAAUGAUUGUCAGGAACCACUCUCCAGUUUGGUGCCAUCUGGUCACAAGUUAGAGUACACAGUUGACUGCUAAUCAGCCUUGUGAAUACUACACAGCCUCGCCAUUCCUAAUCAGAAGUCACUGCCAACUUCUGAAAAAGAUUCAUAAUUGUUAUUUAUACACUGCCUUUCAGUGGUUUCAUUUGGCCCCAAAUUAACCCCAAAAUGUUAUGAAAUCCCACUCCAAUAUCGGAGGAGGAGAUGGAAACACAUUUCCUUAAGAGUAUAGAGAUAAUGAUCCUACUCUUGAUUAGUUCCUAUGUCUGGUGUAUAAUAAAGCAAAGUGAACUCUCAAGAACCUCUUAUUUUUGUCUUAUUGCCAGAUAAGUGAAAGCAGUUUUCACAUGUUAAAAAUUUGAAAUUCUUUUUAGUAAGGUGAGAAUAGAGAAAUUUUCUGUUCCUUUGCAUUUUAACUUCAGGUUGGUCAAGUUGCUUGGGGGUGCUGGCAUUGCUUAAACUGUUGAAUCUAUCAUAUUUUUCUUCCAAAAACCUGAUGACUCACUGGUUUGCUUUGGAUUUGCAAUCUUUAGUUCCCUGAGAGUUAAUUAAAAUUGAAUUUAGAAUGAAAGUGACAAUUUUAAUUAUUGACAAUUUAUACCUUGUUCUCCACUGUGAGCUUUUAGCUAUUUAAAUAUUCUGCAUAUAGCUAUCAUUUUCUGUGCAAAACCUGUGAGAAGCGUGUCCAUCAGUCAAAUAAGUUAGCUAGUUUAUUUUUAUUACAAAAUCUGAAAAAGCUUGUGCCUUGGUUUGAGAAACAUUGUCUUCCUACUGAUAACCUUCCCAGAAUUGAAUCAACACAAACCUUUGUUAGAUCUCUUACUGGAAAGAUUUUCCCUAACAUAAUAAAUUACAACUUUGUUAUUUAGUUAAUGUAAA